AUGGACGACGACUUCGGCGCCGAUGAGGACUUCCUCGCGGCGCUUGCUUCCUCAGCCUCCGGACCUUCACGACCUCAACCUCCGUCUCAACCUCAACCUCCUCGUGCUCGUCCGCAACAGCCAACACCCCAGAAAGUUCAGCAACCGAUACCGCAACGUCUGGACAAGGCGCCACCUGCCAACUCGCCAAACACCAGCAAAGUCGUCCAACCCACCCCGCAAGCACUUCCUCAGCGAGGAUCGGGAUCCGCCAUCUUGGUGUCCCCUCGCCAAAGAGGAAAUCCGGUCAUCACCUCCUUGAAGUCGAUGCCAUGGGAAUACAGUGAUAUCGCAGCUGAUUACGGCUUGGGCCUGACAACAUGCGCCUUGUUCUUGAGUCUAAAGUACCACCGCCUCCAUCCCGAAUACAUCUAUACGAGAAUCAGGAACCUCCAGGGGAAAUACAACCUUCGAAUCCUUCUGACCAUGGUCGAUAUUCCCAACCACGAAGAAGUCCUGCGCGAGCUGUCCAAGACGUCGCUCGUGAAUAACGUCACCAUCAUUCUCUGCUGGUCUGCUGCUGAGGCUGCCCGCUAUCUGGAACUCUACAAAUCUUACGAGCAUGCCAACUUCAACGCGAUCCGUGGCCAGCAGGCUUCGAGUUAUGCCGAAAAGCUCGUCGAGUUUGUCACAGUACCCCGAAGCGUAAACAAAUCGGACGCUGUGGCCUUGGUCAGCAACUUUGGUAGCCUGAAGAACGCCAUCAACGCAGACCCAGAACAGGUUGGCAUGCUCGCUGGAUGGGGAGCUGUCAAAGUCAACAAAUGGAUCAGGGCAGUUGACGAGCCUUUCCGAGCCAAGAAUGCUGCCAAACGACAGUUGGACCGCGUCGAAGGCGCCGAGGCUGGCAGACCUGCCCAAGCUUCCAGACUUGAUCACGCUGUUCCCCUUAGCAGAGUCCCGCUCCGCGAGAUGGAGUCUGCACGAGAAUCAUCGCGAGGAUCACCAGCGACAGAAAGAUCGACACACACUCAGGACAAGCGACCUGCACCUGCACCGCCUCGAAGGAAUAAUCAAGACCCGGACGAAGACGACGAAGAGGCAAUGAUUGCCGCUGCUAUCGAAGAAUCAAAGAGAACCGCACAGGCGCACACUGAAGCACAGACUCUGGCGAAACAGUCUGACAGCACAAGUGCCAAAGACAGCGCUCUGUCUGACGGAGUUGCGGCGGCUCUCGCCAAACUUCGAAAGCAGGGCUGA